AUGUAUGUGGAAGCCUUGGGACUUUUUGAUAAGUUGAUGUGUUAUCCUUAUCUGAAACCUGAUAGCUAUACUUAUCCGAGUGUUCUUAAAGCAUGCGGCGGGCUUUGUAGAGUUGUGUUGGGACAAAUGGUACAUACUUGUUUGAUAAAAACUGGUUUAAUGGUGGAUAUUGUAGUUAGAAGUUCUCUUGUGAGUAGGUAUGCUAAAUGCAAUUCGUUUGAGUAUGCUAUACAAUUGUUUGAUGAAAUGCCUGAUAAGGAUGUGGCAUGUUGGAAUACGGUGAUUUCUUGUUAUUAUCAAAGCAGGAAAUUUGAAGAAGCUUUGAGAUACUUUGGCAUGAUGAGAAGAUAUGGAUUUGAGCCGGAUUCAGUUACAAUCACAACUGCUAUUUCGUCUUGUGCUAGGCUUUUUGAUUCGGAGAGAGGGAGGGAAAUUCAUAAGGAGUUGAUUAAGAGUGGGUUUUGGAUGGAUUCUUUUGUUAGCUCUGCCCUUGUUGACAUGUAUAGAAAAUGCGGUCACUUAGAAAUGGCUAUAGAAAUUUUUGAGCAAAUGCCUAAAAAGUCUGUUGUUUCUUGGAAUUCCAUGAUUACAGGAUAUGGUUUUAAAGGCGACUGCUUUUCAUGCGUUCAACUUUUUAAGAGAAUGUACAAUGAAGGAGUCAAACCAACUUUGACUACUUUGAGCAGUAUAUUAAUGGCUUGUUCACGAUCAGUGCAAUUACUAGAGGGAAAGUUUGUUCAUGGAUAUAUAAUACGCAACAGAAUACAACCUGAUAUUUUUAUUAACAACUCACUCAUGGAUCUAUACUUCAAAUGUGGAAAGGUUGAGUCAGUCGAAAACAUCUUUAAAUUGAUACCGAAGACAACGCCAGUUUCUUGGAAUGUUAUGAUUUCUGGAUAUGUAACUGAAGGGAAACUUUUUGAAGCACUUAACCUCUUCAGUGAAAUAAGACAAUCAUCUGUUGAACCAGAUGCUAUUACUUUCGCCAGUGUUUUAGCAGCUUGUUCGCAACUAGCGGCACUAGAAAAGGGUAGAGAGAUCCACAAUUUGAUUGUUGAGAGAAAUUUGGGAAACAAUGAAGUGGUUAUGGGGGCUCUUCUUGAGAUGUAUGCAAAGUGUGGUGUUGUAGCUUUAGAGCUUUUUGCUAAAAUGCUGCUGUCGAAUGUAAAACCUGAUAGAGUUACUUUUCUUGCCAUAUUGCCUACGUGUAGCCAUGCUGGAUUGGUUGAUGAUGGAUUGUAUCAUUUCAAUGAAAUGAUCAAUGUUCAUGGUAUUGCGGCUAGAGUUGAACAUUAUUCAUGCUUGACUACUCUUCUUGGACGUGCUGGAAGAUUGCACGAAGCAUAUGAGAUUCUAUAA